AUGCCACGGAGUAUUGUGAAGUACCUGGAGUACAAUGAGCCAUCAGGAGCUUCGCAGAUCCGUGUGAUUUCCAGAGAUCCCAACUUCUUAUCCAGUUACUUGAAGGGGGCGGUCCGCUCGUCCCACCAGGCUCCGCCCACAUACAGACAAGCCCCGCUAACAUACGCCCAGGCACCGCUAGCCUACUCCCCUCCUGAGUCCGCGUACCCGCUAGCACAGUCCAGAUAUGCCCAACCCGGGGCUGUGCUACAGAAGAACCUUGUUUUAAGUGCAACAGCAUCAGAUCAGUGGGACUAUGACGACAUGAGCGGUGGUACGUCCUUGGGACCCACUCAAUGGAGCCAGGUAUACCCAACCUGCGGAGAACCGUUCCAGUCGCCUGUGGACAUCACAGGUUCCGCCAUUUCCUUCCACCCCCUGGACCCCAUUAGUCUCAGUCUGACUGGGAACGGGGUCAACUCGGUGCGGAUACAGAACACUGGAAGCUCAGUGUCGCUGGAGUCCCUCACCGAGAAUGUGCUCAUCGGGGGCGGUAACCUGCCCGGUACGUUUGCGGUGGCCGGGAUUCACUUUCACUGGAGUAGGACAGACAGUAUGGGCUCGGAGCACAGGCUGGAGGGGAAGGCCUAUCCCAUAGAGGUCAGUGAAAGCAGGUUAUUUUGUUGUAAGGUUAACAAUGGUGUGUAAUCCAAAGCUAUACUGGAGGAGGGCCGACCCCAGGGUUCCUCUCUGAGCUGCACACUUUUCCUUGUUUUCAUAAACGACCUGCCUGAGAUAUUGAAAUCAGAGACAGCCCAAUAUGCCAACGACCUAGCCAUCUGGCAUGCAAGUAAACAAGCUGGCAUUGGUGCACGGCUUAUAAAUGAGGAUCUAGAUAGAUUCAACAACUACUGCUGCAAGUGGAAACUAAAAGCAAAUUGUACCACGACAAUCCACACUGUCUUUACAAAAAGCCACAAAGUUGCAAAGAAAAAUCUCACCAUUUCACUUGCAGGAAACAAACUAGAAAAAGUUGAAAACCCGACCUACCUAGGAAUCGAGCUGGACAGACAGUUUUCAUGCAAAAACCAUAUCUGGAACCUGAAGACCAAGGCCAACAAGAGACUUCACCUUCUCAGACGACUG